UUGAUAUUUAAAAUAUUAAUUCCUUUAGACGGUUUUAUUAUGAUGAACAUUGUAGUUAAGGAAGUGAAAAGGUCACUUAUCCUUAAUUAAUUUAUCAGUGAAUAAAUUAUUACAUAAAAAUUAUACAGAUCCAUUGCGCGUGUGAGAAGCUGGCAAACUUUGCAUUGUCAAAAUAUAAAUACCUACAAACUAUUAUUAUUUAUGAGUGAGUUAAAUAUUUAGAGAAAUAUUUAAAAUGACAGGUUUUAUUUUAAAAAAUUACAAUACCUAAUGAUAAGUAACUGUAACGGUGAAGAGGGACUUUAUCAAUGGACGACCAAGGAGAUUUGGUUAAAAAAAUUGCCAAUGUGGGGAGCAUCAUUAUAAUCCUGAUGUGUACAUUUAUAAAAGUUCCGCAAAUUAUGAAUAUACGACAGAAAAAAUCAGCUAAAGGCAUAGAUUUGCAAGCCAUACUUUUGGAAAUCACCGGAUUCACAAUAAUAGGAUUGUACAAUUAUACAAAUCAGUACUCUCUCAUCGCUUAUUUGGAGUAUCCAUUACUCUUAUUACAAGUCUACGUAAUGUUUUAUUACGCGUUGAAGUACAAAAAUAUGCUACAUUCACGGAAAGUACAUAUAUGUGCAAUCAUAUAUUUCUCUAUCGUGGUGGCAUUUCUCAUCGGAUUGUUCCCGAAAGUUCUACUUACAUAUUUAAUGCCUCUAUGCCCUGCGUUGAGUGGUUGUGCAAAAAUCACAUACAUGUAUGGAAUCAUCAAAGCAGCUAAUGCGGAUGCGGUAUCGCUGAUGACAUGGUUCAUUUCAAUCUCCACUAACGGUGCGCGUAUCUUCACAGUGUAUAUGGAUUCUGCGGACUGGAGGUUGAUGGCAAACUUUAUUAUUUCGACAUCACUCGGCUCGGGAGUUUUAGCGACUGCGAUUUAUUAUAAAAGUCAAACGGCAGCGCUUAAAUCAAAAGCCCAGACUCAUAAUCAUCGGGAUUAAUACUUAAUACAAGGGAAAAUAGUUUAAUAUAAUUGUCUUAGUAUGUUCACGUUAUGCAUAAGAAGUUAUGUUUUCAAGAAAGUGUUAAAUAUGAAAAUGGAUGAAUGUAAAGGGACCACCCAAAAAGAGGUAGAUGGACUGUGUGAAAAAUGAUAUACAUAAAAGAGGAAUGAACUCAGUAUGGUAGCUGAUAGGGACACAGAUAAUAUAAUAGUAUAGUAGUUACAGGGAUCAGUGGAAGGGGAAGGCAUGCACCGACAAAUUUGAAAAAAGAAUCUUAACGGAAAACAACAAUAGUAUAUAAACAUUUCUGGGUUUACUCAAUUACCAAAAAGAAUGGACUAUUUUACACCACAUAUGUAUAUCCUAAUUUUUGGUCCAACGUAUAAUCUAAACGGCUUUUAGUAAAUGAUGGAUUGUGAUGGAUUUUAAUAAAGGCGAUGGAGGAUGUACUGUAGAUUAUAAAUAUAUUUCAGAUUAUUGAAAAAAAA